GCGGGCGGGCGCUAGGUGCCGGCGGGCGGGCGGCGGGAGCCGGAGGAGGAGCGGCCGGCGCCGCCACCGCCGCCGCCAUAGAGACUGUAGCCGUGGAGACUGUUACUUGCCAACGCGGAGCGACACGCAGCGGCCGCCGCCGCGGGAGCCGCUACCAGAACUCCCCGCCGAACUCCAGGUCCGAGCAUGCAGAACUCUGAGGGUGGAGCAGACUCACCAGCAUCCGUGGCUCUGCGGCCUACAGCCCAGCCGGUGCCAGCCUCCCCACAGAGGGUGCUGGUCCAAGCCACGGGCUCGACUCCCAAGGGUACCCCGAUGCAGCCACUCACACUCCCCAGAGUCCAGCCGGUGCCACCCCAGGUGCAGCAUGUGUACCCGGCGCAGGUGCAGUACGUGGAGGGCGGGGAUGCGGUCUAUGCCAAUGGAGCCAUUCGAGCAGCCUACGCCUACAACCCAGACCCUCAGCUCUACGCCCCCAGCAGUGCAGCAUCUUACUUUGAGACUCCAGGUGGUGCUCAGGUGACAGUGGCAGCCUCGUCCCCACCGGCAGUCCCCUCCCACGGCAUGGUGGGCAUCACCAUGGAUGUUGCAGGGACCCCCAUCGUGUCUGGAGCAGGAGCCUACCUCAUCCAUGGGGGCAUGGACAGCACAAGGCAUUCCCUGGCCCACACUGCACGCUCCUCACCUGCCACGCUCCAGUGGCUUCUGGACAAUUACGAGACAGCGGAGGGCGUGAGCCUGCCCCGCAGCUCCCUGUACAACCACUACCUGCGCCACUGCCAGGAGCACAAGCUGGAGCCUGUCAAUGCCGCGUCCUUCGGCAAGCUUAUCCGCUCUGUGUUCAUGGGCCUGCGUACGCGGCGUCUGGGGACCAGGGGCAACUCGAAGUACCAUUACUAUGGGAUCCGCCUGAAGCCGGACUCCCCUCUGAACCGAUUGCAGGAUGACACGCAGUACAUGGCCAUGAGGCAGCAGCCCACACACCAGAAGCCCAGGUACCGACCAGCCCAGAAGUCAGACAGCCUUGGGGACAGUGGCGCUCACGGCAGCCUGCAUGGCACACCCGAGCAGGCCAUGGCCACUCAGGGCCAGCAUCACCAGCAGUACAUAGAUGUGUCCCACGUCUUCCCAGAGUUCCCGGCCCCUGACCUGGGCAGUGCGCUGCUGCAGGAGAGUGUCACCCCUCACGAUGUGAAGGCCCUGCAGCUGGUGUAUCGCAGGCACUGUGAGGCCACCUUAGACGUCGUCAUGAACCUCCAGUUUCAGUACAUCGAGAAGCUGUGGUUAUCCUUUUGGAACUGCAAGGCCACCUCCAACGAUGGUCGUGCCUCGCUGCCUGCCAGCGACGAGGAGCCGGAAGUCACCCUCCUCCCGAAGGACAAGCUCAUCUGUCUGUGUAGGUGCGAGCCAAUCCUGCAGUGGAUGCGCAGCUGCGACCACAUCCUGUAUCAGGCGCUGGUGGAGACCCUUAUCCCAGACGUGCUGCGGCCUGUCCCCAGUUCCCUGACUCAGGCCAUCAGGAACUUCGCCAAGAGCUUAGAGGGCUGGCUCAUCAAUGCCAUGAGUGGCUUCCCUCAGCAGGUCAUCCAGACUAAGGUGGGCGUCGUGAGCGCCUUUGCACAGACCCUGCGGCGCUACACGUCCCUCAACCACCUGGCUCAGGCGGCACGGGCUGUGCUGCAGAACACGUCGCAGAUCAACCAGAUGCUGAGCGACCUCAACCGCGUGGACUUUGCCAAUGUUCAGGAGCAGGCCUCGUGGGUGUGCCAGUGUGAGGAGAGCCUGGUGCAGCGUCUGGAGCAUGACUUCAAGGUGACCCUGCAGCAGCAGAGCUCGCUGGACCAGUGGGCCAGCUGGCUGGACAACGUGGUCACCCAGGUACUGAAGCAGCAUGCAGGCAGCCCCAGCUUCCCCAAGGCCGCCCGCCAGUUCCUGCUCAAGUGGUCCUUCUACAGCUCCAUGGUGAUCCGGGACCUGACCCUUCGCAGUGCCGCCAGUUUUGGCUCCUUCCACCUCAUCCGGCUGCUGUAUGAUGAGUACAUGUUCUACCUGGUGGAGCACCGUGUGGCCCAGGCCACUGGGGAGACGCCCAUUGCCGUCAUGGGCGAGUUCAAUGAUCUGGCCUCCCUGUCGCUGACCCUGCUGGACAAAGAGGACAUUAGGGAUGGACGCAGCAGUGAGGCAGAUGUGGAUGGCUGCAGCCCGGGCGAGCCCCUGGUGAAACGGGAACGGAGUGACCCCAAUCACCCACUGCAGGGCAUCUAGCCCUUCCCUGGGCGCCUUCCACGCGCUUCCGGAAGGCGUCGCCUGGCCCUCCAGGGAUCUGGACUCUCAGCCUAUCACACUAGUGCCUCUUAGAUGAUGCCAUGUUUACUGUGACCCAAGGUGCCCCACCCCCAGAGGCCAGAGAUUGGGGAAUGCUGGUGGCCGCUCAAGCUGCCCACACCCUGCUAAGGUAUCCCCAGGAGAUACAGGGAUCCACCUGUCCCUUGUCCCAACACCUUCCCUGAUCCAUGUACAAAUUGUGAGGCAUAUCCCUCCGAAUAGCCCCAGCUGCCCCCAUGGCUUUUCUACUCAGCUGCUCUCAACUUAGACCACCAUUUCAAAGAAAACCUAACCCUUGCUGGGCACUGACCCCGUGCUCUGUUCCAUGCACCUCAUGGCCUCUCGUGGACAGGCGAGGCCUCCAGGUGCAGGCCCUGGCCCUAGGUGGAUCACAGAUGCUAAGACAUCCUAUCUUACCCUAGACAGGUCCAAGUCCAAGUCCAAGAAGAAAACAGGCUCCGUGUUCAGCCCACCUGUGUCAGCCUUGCAAACUGUCCAGUUCAAGGUCGACACCACGCUAGCCCAGGGCUGGGCCUAGGCUGGGUUUGCCCAAUUGGCCGCAGCGGUCAGCACCACGUCCACACCUCCCGGCAGCAUCCUGCAACCUGUGUACACCACAGUGCCUGGGCCCCUGCAGUCUUCCAGACAACACCCCAAACAAGUCAUGCUGCCUUCUCUGGCCUGUGGCUGACCCCUUCUCAACCCCAGACCCCAAAAUCUCUGGGGACGAAUGAUCACCAAGGCUGUGUGGCCUUAGUUCUAGACGCCCAGCACGUGGCCAUGCCACCGCACCACAGUUGCCAUGAUGGAAGCUCCUCCCACAACCUAGGAAGCGCCUAAUGAAAUAACGAUAGUUUUUCUCUUUUUGAAAGCAAUG